AUGGAAGUAAUUUCAUCAAAACGAUUCAUUUUAUUGACUUUAGCCAUUUCAAGCUCAUUAACAUCGAACAGCUUUUGUGCAGAUGAAUUAAUGAUGUCCAAUCUUCACAGCAAAGAAAAUUAUGAAAAAUAUGUUGAGCCUAAAGGAGACCCUACAGGGGAAAAGAAAAGAAGUCUCAACUUUGAAGAAGUAAAAGACUGGGGUCCGGAACCCAUCACAAAGAUGAGUACGACCACAGUCAACAAAAUGCCACACCCAGCAGCCGACCUGCCAUUGAGAUUUGGGAGGACCACAGAAGAAAACAGAAGCCCUGGGGCAAUAGCCAGCCUGCCUCUGAGAUUUGGAAAAAUUACAAAGGAUAGCAUCUCGAGACAUGUUCCUAAUUUGCCUCAAAGGUUUGGGAGAACAGCAGCCAGAAGUGUCGCCCAGACACUGGGCAAUUUGCUCCAAGAAUCCAUGCCUUCACUGUCUACCAAUGGGUUACUUUGCUCCAUGAUCUGCGAGCCCCAAGACAUCCAGAAUCCAUAUCAAAAGCACCUAAGGAGACUGGGAUUCAAGAAAAUGUAUGAUGCAGAAUUGAAACACGAAAAAUAG